GGCGAACUGCUCUUCAAAGUGGCGACUGCCUGCGGCGGGCGUUGGAGCACGUGUAGUACACCGCAGGAUGUGCUCCCGGAAGACUGGUUUGCAGACGGCGGCUGCGCGCUACGGGUUUAUGUGAGCGGCAGGACAUUGCCGAUUCUGCGCAGAACGGCAAGCAAGACCCGACGCCAGACAUUGAAGCUGCUCUUGGGCAGAGGCGGUGGUAUAGAGCCUGAUUUCAAGGCUGCUGCGAGAGAUGGCCAGUGACAUGAGUGCGAGGACAUCAGAAAGUAUUGCCUCGCUAGAGCCCCUGGAUGAUGUUGCACGCAGAGAAUUGGGAGAAACGCCUGCGGUGAAACAGAUGGCUCUGAAAGAGUUGCGUGAGCUUAUUUCAGGUGAACCGUCGCUGAACUGUCCCAUGGAUGACGACUUUCUGGUCAAGUUUCUGAGAGCGCGCAAGUACGACAAGCAGUCCGCUUUUGAGAACAUCAAGAAAUACUUCAAGGUUCGAAGGGACAGACCGGAACUGUUUGAAGAGCUAACUCCGAGCAACAUCCCUUUCGACGUCGUUUGCCGCAGGCAUCAGCUGCUGACGGUGUCGCACCACACGGAUCCACUGGGAAGAAUGGUUUUGCUGAUGAAGAUCGGUUCCUGGAAUACCGAGAUAUGCACCCUGAAUGACUUCUUCAGGGUGGGCAUAGCACUCGGCGAGUGCUUCCUCCUUCGGCAAGAUUUUCAAGUUAGAGGCAUUGUGGUCAUUGUAGAUUUAAAGGGCCUCAACGUCUACCACCUGUCUUACUACACGCCUUCUGUUAUAAGAACGCUCGUCAGUCUUGUACAGAACUGUUUGCCCUUGCGCCUGCAAAAAGUCUACAUUAUCAACAAUCCUCCAAUAUCUGACUAUUUAUUUGCAAUUGCCAAGACCUUCCUAAAAGCAAAACUAGUGAAACGGAUUCGCCUUCUUGGCUACAAUUUGACAGAAUUGCACCAACUUGUGCCGGAUGACGUCAUUUCGAAAGAACAUGAAGGGACGAACGAAAGCUUCGAUUACGACCGAUUGGAGAGGGAGUUGACGACUGCUGAGAAUUUCUUCCAAGCGAUGAGUUCUUACGGAUACCGCGAUACAUUGUCGACAAAAACGGUGCCCAAGCCAAACGGCGUCCUCACUGAAGAGGAACUAAGUGAAGAUUACGUGCAUAUUUAAUCACUCUGUGAUCUAAUAAAGCUUCUUGUGGCCUUUGGGUUGCGAAAAUUGAAA